AUGCGUUAUACUGCUGUCCUCGCUGUCCUCGGCUUCUCCGGAGUCAUGGCCAACAACAACUUCGGACCCUUCGGAUUUUUCGGACCCUGGUUCGAUGGCGACUUCGAUAUCGAUGACCUCGCUGAUUUCCGCUUCCCCGAGAACCCUUGUGAGUUCAUUGGCGGCACUUGCGAGGCCACGACCCUUGGAUUCUGCUCUGGUCGGGGCGACUUCAGCGUUGACCUGCCUUGUGGCGGUCGCGGAAUUGUUGGCGUCGGCUGCUGCUGGCACAGGGACACCAGCAAUCUUUGGUUUGAGCAGUGGAAGGAGUGGCUCGAGCGACACCGCCGCCACAACUAA